CUUCCCACCACCCACCAUAACCCAGGUGACCCUUGCCCGCCAGCCUGCCUGCCCCCCCACAGCUGGAACCGAGAAGGCUGUGUCCCCCUUCCUCUGGGCGUCCUUCCAGUCUCUGGCUGUCAGGCACCUGGAGGCUGAGCCCCGCUCCCUGUCCUGACUCAGGAGCCUCUGAGCGUCCACCAUACGGCCUGAGUGGGGCCUGAGUGGGACCUACGGUGACAGCUCUCCUACUGCCAAUGAGGGGCACAGUCCUCAGGAUGUUCCAAGGGGAAUAGAAGCCGGAACCAGAGCCUCCAACCCAUUCCCCCCAAUAAUGGGGCCCCCAAUGAGUCACCUGCUAGCUGGCCUGUGUGUGGGGGUGACCUUGGGCUUGGUAGGGGGCUCAGCCCCCAACCUGGGCCCCGCUGAGCAGGAGCAGAACCACUACCUGGCCCAGCUGUUUGGCCUGUAUGGGGAGAAUGGGACGCUGACAGCAGGGGGCCUGGCGCGGCUUCUCCACAGCCUGGGGCUAGGCCGAGUACAGGCGCUCCGCCUGGGACACCACGGACCUCCAGCUGGCCGGGCUGCACCCCCAGCUGGAGACAAUUACACGCACAGAUCACAGGACCCUGAGCUGAGUGUGGAUGUCUGGGCUGGGCUGCCUCUGGGUCCCUCAGGGUGGAGUGACCCAGAGGAGCCGAAAGGCCCAGCAUCACCCCAUGGGCCAGCCCCCUCGGGCCUGGACCUCUUUCACAGGCUUCUGUUGCUGGACCAUUCCUUGGCUGACCAUCUGAAUGAGGAUUGUCUGAACGGCUCCCAGCUGCUGGUCAAUUUUGGCUUGAGCCCCGCUGCUCCUCUGACCCCUCAUCAGUUUGCUCUGCUGUGCCCGGCCCUGCUUUAUCAGAUCGACAGUCGUGUCUGCAUCCAGGCCCCUGGCCCAACGCCCCCCGGGGACCUUCUGUCCGCCCUGAUUCACAGUGCCCUGGCGGUCCUGCUGCUCAGCCUCCCGGCUCCCCUGUCCCUGCUCCUGCUGCGGCUCCUGGGAGCACGCCUCCUGCGGCCCCUGCUGGGCUUCCUGGGGGCCCUGGCCGUGGGCACUCUUUGUGGGGAUGCGCUGCUGCACCUGCUGCCUCACGCCCGAGGAGGACAGCACGCCGGGCUUAACGGGCACCCAGAGGAGGACCUGGGACCGGGACUGUCCGUGCUCGGAGGCCUCUUCCUGCUCUUUGUGCUGGAGAACAUGCUGGGGCUCCUGCGGCGCCGAGGCCUCGGGCCAGGAUGCUGCGGGCGGCAGAGGAAGGAGCUCGGCGCCCCCGGGCCGGACCCCGAGGACAGCGGGACGGGCCUUCAGCCCCUACAGGCGGCUCUGGAGCCGGCAGCCCAGGGCCGCGGGGAGCAGGCCGGCCGGGCCCCGCCAGCUCCCGCCCCCCCUGGCCACCAAGGCCACAGCCACGGGCCCCGGGGCAGCGCUGGCGCCAACAUAACGUGGAUGGUCCUCCUGGGAGACGCUCUGCACAACCUCACUGAUGGGCUGGCCAUAGGCGCCGCCUUCUCCGACGGCUUCUCCAGCGGCCUCAGCACCACCGUGGCCGUCUUCUGCCAUGAGCUACCCCACGAGCUGGGUGACUUCGCCAUGCUGCUCCGGGCAGGGCUGCCCUUCCGGCGGCUGCUGCUGCUGAGCCUGGUGUCCGGAGCCCUGGGGCUCGGGGGUGCAGCCCUGGGGGUGGGGCUCAGUUUGGGCCCCAUCCCCCUCACUCCCUGGGUGUUCGGGGUCACAGCCGGGGUAUUCCUCUAUGUGGCCCUCGUGGACAUGCUACCAGCCCUGCUUCGUCCUCCAGAGCCCCUCGCUACGCUCGACGUGCUGCUGCAGGGGCUGGGGCUGCUGCUGGGGGGCGGCCUCAUGCUCACCAUAGCCCUGCUGGAGGAGCAGCUAUGGCCCCUGGUCUCCGAUGGCUGACGGGGGCGGUGGAAAGGCAUCGGGGUUGCCCUUCCUUCCCCCCAACCACAGGAAUGGAGGCGGGACACAGGGCCAGUAGGAGCAAUAGGAUUUUAAUAAACAGAACCCAUCCCAAAGCCAUGACUACGACAGUUGUACUUGCACCAAAACAGCAUAGAAAACCAGGAUGUAGUGGGAGGGGGGCUCAAAGCAGGUCAGGGGAGGAUAUGAGCAGGGGCCUGGAGGGUGCAGGGUGCAUCAAUCUGCAGGGAGAGCAUUGUGCUUUAGCCCAGGGGGGAGAGGGGGUGGGGCAAAUGCACCGCAAGGUCCCCACUUUUUCCUGCUGCCCUCAGCACCCUGGGGUUACAGGCAUCUGGGCAGAUCUGCCCUUUAUUGCUGCCUACCAGCAUUAAACACCCCCGACCCCAACACUAGCACCACAGGUGGAUCUGGGGCAAGGAGAAGGGCGGUAACGGGAAAAUUGCUUAGAGAAAGAUUCAACUGGAAUCCAGUGAAUUGUGCUCAGUUCUCUUUACUUCCUACAACCGAGUACAUGGGUCACAGGGUGGAGGGUGCAACAGGACAUGGAACAUGCCCCUCAGUGCCCCCGACACACCCCUGCACACAGGAUGGUGGUGUCUGCAGCAUCACAGGUCAUGCAGGGCACGGGGGAAGGGGAGGUUCGCACACAUGUAGACGCCCACAGCGGGUACCAGACAGAGAACACCCCUGAAUAUACACAGCUGUACACAGGGAACCCCCAGGCCCCCAACCCAACCCUCUCCCCUGUCUUGCCGUCCCCCAGGCAGGAGGAACUGUAUUGCUUUGAGAGAGCCAC